GACGCUUUAGUUACGUCACACAGGGGAAAACCAAUGAUGCUGGUGUUGAGAAUACAACAAUGCUAACAGCUAGCUAGUCCCGUUAGCUGAUGUAACUUCCUCAGCCUACUACCACUGUGGGUUUAUAAAGUGUGAACAUCACUAAAGCUCUUCCACAAUGUUAAUCUCAUCCUCGACGAGACCUGAAAAUACAUUUGAAACGUAAUUUCGCGGGCGGCUAGCUCCUAGCUGACCGGCUAGCGCUAGCUUAGCUCCCGUUGCCUGACAACGGGAGAGGAAGCCAAAACAAACCGGCUGGCUACAGCUAGCGGAUGCUAACGAGCGGAGAUACGACGAUGGCGGACGACGGCAGACGAGGAGACGAAGACGACCGCGGCCCCGGAGCCGCUCACCGGGUCUUCGUCGCGAUGGAGUUUCUGCUGGAGAAGCUGAAGGCGCUGAAUUACGAGGAGGAAGUUCUGACCAAGCACAACAUGAAAAGUCUCUCCAGGCAUUAUUUUGUCUCCAGUCCCUUCCUGUCCUCCAACCCGGGCGAGCAGUUCUACAUGUUCACCGUCAUCGCGGCGUGGCUCAUCAACGAGGCGGGGAGGCCGUUCGCCGCGCCGCAGGAGUACGACGAGCCCAACGCCACCGUCUCCAACAUCCUGGCAGAGCUCAGGGCUUUGGGGGUCAAGGUGGACUUCCCGCCCUCCAAACUGAAGGCGGGUUCGGGCGAACACGUCUGCUUCGUGCUGGAUCGGCUGGCCGACGAGGCUUUGAGGAGGCGGAGCUUCUCUUUCAGGAGACCAAACUACCCGACAGAAACCACAGAAGAAGAGUCCGUGAUGGAGGACGACGCCGAGCUGACGCUCAGCAAAGUGGAGGAGGAGAUGAUCGAGGAGCCUGACGAGGAGGAGGAGGACAACGUGAUGGACCUGGAGGCUCUGAAGCUACGAACCAGCCACCCCGAAGCAGAGACGUCCUCCAAACCGGACGAGAUCCUGGAGGCGACGGUGGACGCAGCGGAGUGGAACCUGGAGGUGGAGCGAGUCCUCCCCCAGCUCAAAGUCACCGUGAGGACGGACAACAAGGACUGGAGGAUCCACGUGGACCAGAUGCUUCAGCACAGAGACGGGAUCAAGUCCUCGCUCCAAGAGGCCAAGACCUACCUGGACAAGCUGCAGGAGGACAUCAGCAGGACCUUGGAGAAGGUGAGCAGCAGAGAGAAGUACAUCAACGGGCAGCUGGAGCAUCUGAUCCAGGAGCACCGCAGCGCUCAGUCCAAGCUCAGCGAGGCUAAAGAGUCCUACCAGCAGGCCAGUGGGGGGGUGACUGAGAGGACCAGAGUCCUGGCACAGAUCAGCGAGGAGCUGGAGAGGGUGAAGCAGGAGAUGGAGGAGAAGGGCAGCAGCAUGUCUGAUGGAGCUCCGGUGGUGAAGAUCAAGCAGAGUUUGACGAAGCUGAAGCAGGAGGUGCUCCAGAUGGACGUGAGGAUCGGCGUGGUGGAGCACACGCUGCUGCAGGCCAAGCUGAAGGAGAAGUCCAACAUGACGCGGGACAUGAACGCCACCAACCUCCAGGAGGCCGCCGCCGGCCCCUUCUGCUAGCCCCACCCGUCUGCUAGCCCCACCCGUCUGCUAGCCCCACCCGUCUGCUAGCUCCACCUCCACCACGGCCCCGUCUGUUAGGGACCAGCUCCAAACUUUUAAACUUCAGACACAUUUGCAGCCUGAAGUCAUUCAAAUAUUUGUAUCUUUGUCCUAAAUGUCCUGUAUUUUUUAAAUAUUUUUGUUGUAUAUGACACUGAAUAAAAUGCUUGGGCGUU